UAUAUCCACUAAAAUACGGUCAGAAACUGAACCCACGCAUUUACUUUAGGGAAUAAUAAUUAUACCAUCACCCACCACAAAAUAGUGACCUAUAUAUCGUCCUUUCUUGUGGUUUGGUUUUCUCUAAUUUUCCAGUUUUAUUAUUUUAUUAACAAUUCAUGCAAAUUUCUCUCGGAGAAUUUCCCCUAUGCCCUCCUCGAUUCAAUUGUCAGGUGGGACGAGAUAAUUAUCGCUAUUUGGAGGAGUACAGUAAAUGGAUUGUCGAUUAAACAAACUUUUCUUGCAAGUUUGACCAAUUUUUUGGACAGUUCAAGAGUGACGUUAUCAUAUUAAGUGAGUGAGUGAGUGAUAUAGUGGUUGGCCUGCAUAACGAGAACUAAGUGGAGGACUAAACUACUACGAGUGGAGAAAGUAAGUAAGUAAGAGUGGAGAUCGAGUGCCUGCUGCUAGUGAAAGUUGGGGAAAGUGAAAGAACGGAAGAAGGAAUAAAAAAAGAGAAAGGCAGAAAGUUAACAGGGGAAAUUCUUAUAGUGACGAAGAAGAUAACUUUUUUUUUUACUCUUUACUUUACUUCCUCACCUUUUAAUACGUACAACUGUGCGACUACUACUUUCUCCUUGCCAACUAUACCCGAAAAUUCUAGAUAUAUCCCUAGAAGAUAUUUUACUCCCGAGAAUUGGUCAAGACACACGCGAGACGCAGCCAACGAACUGCUCCGCACAUACCAACGACGAUAAAGAUAUCAAAACGAAAUAAUUUCCCCUGUCUCAUCCACAUGACAAAGCUACAGAGUAAUUAUUACCCUCCAAAAUGUAUGUAUAUCUAACCAACCUAAGUACCGUUUAUAGUAUCAAAUUUGCAAAAUUUACCUCUCCACCAAUGUAUACGAAGAACUGGGCAUUAUUCCAUCUCAGAGACCCAGAUAAUAUUGCACCGUCCAUCCAUCCAUCCAUCCAUCCUCCAGCUACACAGCCAUUCCGUUCCUUACUCCUUUUAAUACGGGCAGGAGCCAGUCAGCACUAAGUAUUCUGAUGCUGCUGCUGCUGCUUCUCGAGAGAAAGUAAACCUGGUCGAGCUGCGCGGAAAGAGAAAGAGAGGAAUAUCUGCCCGCACAAGCACCACCACCACCACCCAAACUGCGUCAGUAGUCGAGAAAGUCCGCUCCUUUUUCCUAUGGCUUACACAUUUCUACCACCAUACCAUGUCAGGCUAGGUUACUGCUGUAUGUAUGCCUUACUCGUGGUCGGUGGAGGUACAUAGGUCUCACUCACUCGCAAGAAAUCAGCAGCAGGAGCAGCAGGGCUGAGUUUCCCUCUACUACUCUCGCAGAAUAUUAUGUGCAUGUCAAACUGGAGAAAGUGCACACCAGCAAAAGUGAGCUCGGUCGCAUCGUAGCCAAUCCUACGAGUUUGAACCAAAACCGAAAAUUUUGUGGUGCGACAAGCCAGACGUACAAGCAACAUCUUUCUCUCUUUGUACUCGUACUCAACACACACCGUGUGCAAGGUUACGAUUUUUACGGAGAGGUGUUUUAAUUCUAGAACGAGUACACUAUUUUGGGAUUAGUUAUUUUUUUAGAGUAACUUUCACCCUCUUUGAAUAGUGAUUGGGUUGAUAAACUAAGACAAUAGAUUUAAUUACGAAGUCAGUCUGUGUGUGUUUGUGGGAACGAUUGUGUGUGGAAAUCAGGUGGAAAAUUUAUUCAUCUCUCGAGUCAGACUCCAAAUCAGACAUUCAAAGCCGACUCGACUUGAUCCUCUUUGGCUUCCCAUCUCUCUCCAAAAACUGAUUCAGACCGAGAGUCAACAAAGCCCAUAUUCAAAGAGAGAGAGAGAUGAUGAAAAUGCUCAAAUUUUAUUAGUAUGAAUACCACAGUGAUGUUUAUAUGCUCAUUAGUGACUCUUUGAUUUUCACUCUCUCCAACUAAUGAUGCCCCGCUUUCACUACUGAAACACAAUACCCCCGGCAGGCAAAAAGAACAGUUUAUAUGGAUUGCAGGAGAGUAAAUACAGAGUAAAAACAAUACAACCAACACCACAUCAAUCAAUCUAGUGAACCGACCUACUCUCUCUGCCUUUGUUCCAUUUGAUCCGGUGGAGAAAUUGAGAGCUUCGACUUUCACCCCGAGAACUUGGGUUGCGUUUUAAUCAAAUUAUUUUCUCGUUUAUUAUGCACCAGACUGGAGCUCGUUUGGUGACAAUGUGACGUGACAGUGACAAGUAUAAAUGUGAUUCUCUCCUCUGGCUACUACCUCAACCUCCAUUCUCAACGAUCUAAAAUAAAUGAAUAAAUGAGCAAAGGUUGAUUUUACAUGGAGAUAAAAACAUGGUGAAAGUAGCAGUCAGGUUCCCAAAUUAAGGUCAAAUGCCAAUAUUCAAGAAUCAAUUUUGGAUCUCAAACACAAAUAUUUACUAACCUAACCUCCUUUCUCCUACUUCACUAAAUCACUCAAAACAAAAUGUCGAUCGACUCGUACUUACUUUUGCCAGAAGAAAAACAAUCACUUUCUCCUUCUCGAGAGGAUCUCAAUGAGUGAGUGAUUUCUCAAGACCUGUCAAAAGAGAAGAAGAUGAAGAAAUUCACAUUAUCUCGAGUACUGGAUGGCUUCCGGUCAUCCGUGAAUCAAGGACCGGGUGGUCAAGGUCCGGGUCAAGGCUCACCCAGUAAAAAUCUGGAGGGACCACUCACCGAAAUUCCAGAACCUCUGAGGGCCGAGAACUUCCAGAUUGCACAGACUGUAUGUCACGGAUUUCCAUACCAGCCGACGGCUAUGACGUUCGAUCCCGUGCAACGACUUUUGGCUAUUGGGACAAAAAAUGGAUGCCUGCGAAUAUUGGGCCGCGCUGGUGUUGACAUAAAUUGCAAGCAUGAUGGCGACUGUUGCGCAAUCCUUCACUUGCAGUUCGUCGUCAACGAGGGGCUAAUCAUCUCCGCUACGUCCGAUGACACAAUUCACUUAUGGAAUUUCAGAGAGACUAAAAAACCCGAAGUUGUUCAAUCGCUCAAGUUCCAGAGGGAAAGGAUCACCAGCCUGAGCCUUCCACUCCAAAGUAAAUGGAUUUAUGUGGGCACGGAACGAGGAAAUGUGCAUGUGGUCAACAUUGACACGUUUCAACUGUCCGGAUACAUCGUCAACUGGAAUAAAGCGAUCGAAGUAUGUCGAAAAACUCAUCCCGGCAGUGUCAUCUUUCUCGGAGACAAUCCAACCGAUUCCACUAAGCUCCUGAUAGGAUUUGAUUCUGGGCAAUUGGUCCUUUGGGAUUUGAAACUGAAAGUGGCUGAAAUUCGUUACCAAUCUCAAGAACCCUUGAGAUCUGUAUCUUGGCACAGUGAUGGGAAGCAGUUUAUGACGAGUCAUUCCGAUGGCUCAAUUGCCACUUGGAAUCUAAAAGUCCCUAAUAAGCCCGUCGCCGUUACAUUCCCGCACUCACGAAACAUGAAAGAUGGGAGACCAGAACCAUGCAAAUCCAUCCAGAAAGUGGAAUGGAAGUCAUCAAGGACUGGGGAGAACUUUGUGAUAUUCUCUGGAGGGUUAACGGCAGACCGGGCUGGGAAAACUCCCUCGUUGACUGUGAUUCAUGGAAAGACGACGACCGUGCUGGAGAUGGAACACAAUGUACUCGAUUUCGUAUCAAUUUGCGAAAAUCAGUGGGAGUCAGAAAUCCAAGACCCGUACGCCGUUGUGGUCCUAUUGCAGCAAGACUUGGUCGUAAUUGAUCUGCUCACUCCUGGCUAUCCUUGCAUCCCAAACCCUUAUCCAAUGGAUAUCCACGAAUCUCCCGUGACCUGCUGCACAUACAUGGCCGACUGUCCUGGUGACUUAAUCCCUGCCCUGUACUCAAUGGGAUCCAAGGGACAGAAGAAGACGGGAUUUAGUGAAAGAGAUUGGCCCAUCGAGGGGGGGCAGUGGGGAACCUCAAGCUGUUCAUACGCCGAGAUUAUAAUAACAGGCCAUGCGGAUGGCGGAGUGAAAUUUUGGGAUGCUUCAUCAACAAGUCUCCAAUUUUUGUACAAAAUUAAAACUUCUAAACCUUUCGAACGCCCAAAAUCAAGAAAAUCUACGGAAUCUUGCGCUUCUGAUGAUGAUCCUUUCGCCGUUCAGUACAUGGCUUUGUGCCCGGAAUCGAGAUUACUUGCCGUUGCGGGAGCCUCCUGUCAAGUUCUAGUCUAUAAAUACCGUAAACAAGAAGUCGUCACUGAAACGGCAGUCUUGGAGAUUCCAAUAAUUUGGGACAUUGACGAUGGAAGCGAUUAUCUAGCGAAUGCAGGAAAUUUCGAUUUUUCCAAAGUUGGCGAUGCGAAACCCAAUCUUGAAUAUUUUGUCCCCAUCCGUAUCAAACUUGGACCACAAAAGAAGGCUCCCGGAUAUCAGGCGGAGAUUGUCUGCUUAACCCCGUGGGUCAAUGGGGAACCACCAGGAGGGAUUUCAUCACUCGCACUCAAUUCUAAUUAUGGAAUACUCGCCUACGGAAACGAUGCCGGGCUCGUUAUAGUCGACACGGUUCAAAAAACGUGUCUGAUGAGUGUAGCUACUCCCGAUCUUUACGGAACAUCGGAUCCAUAUCAACGCGCUCCCAAGUCACCCAAACGACCCGACAUUUCUGAAGAACGCUCCCCCACUGAUCAGGUUUCCGACUUAGCUAGCACGAAAAGUAUGGAGAUGGAAACUCCCUCCACGCAAAAAACACCUUCGACCACCGUUCCUGACUCUACCUCAACCUCUGACGUCGAAUUAUUCCCUACAAAUCAUCGUCAAUCCUUAUCCGGCUCGAUGAGUAAACUUCCCUCGGCGGCGGAAUCGGCCACAUUGGACGUUGAACUCCAACCUAAUCUCAAAUGUAGGAGUACCACACCGCCCGCGACGAUGAAAUCCGCUCGAUCCCGAUCCCACACUUGGUCCCAAGUCAAAGGCCUCAUUAUAAAAAAUGUUCGAGAGAGUAAAAAGUCUGCUAAAUCGACAAACAAACAAACCACCAGUCCCGACACCACCACGCCAAUCAACCAACCAGUCAAUAAUGAUACUGAUGCUCAACAAGAAUCCUCCUCGUUAGUAUCGCCAUCUUUAUCAGGGUCAUCUUCUUCCUCUUCCUCCCCUUCGUUGUCCGGUCGUCCUACCACCCUCGAUUUAGAACAGUCCUCCCCUCCCGUCCCUCCCCCUCGGUCGCAUCACCAUCACCACAAAAAGAAAAAGAAAUCGUCCCUCUUCAACGCGAUCAAUUCCACUUCCGGUGGUGGUGCCGCUAAAAAGAAAUGUGUCGACCUUCGCUCAUCUUCCGCGGGCGCGGGCGGUGGUUCCGGCGGAGCUGGAGGCGCAGGGGGCGGAUCACGAUGGAUGAAAAAAUUCCAGAAAUUAGACACGACAUUCUCACGCUCCCGAUCCUCAAGCAUGUCUAGUCUUGAUAAUAUUACGUCGGAAGCGAUUCAGUGCCUCAGCUUUGUCGACUCUUUCGCAAAGAAAGGAGAUUUCUCAAUCUGGCCUACUCUCUGGGUUGGGACCAGUUUGGGUUCAAUUAUCGUAAUUUCCAUCAUCAUUCCAGUCGGAGGGAAGGAAGCCAGAAAAAGUGAACCCGUCAGCGUUGCUCCUUCUGGAACCAUUUUUAGAAUUAAAGGUCCAAUCCUGAUGAUGUCCUUUUUGGACUGCAAUGGUCUCGUGGUGUCUGGAGGCUAUGAAUCUUGGAGGGAUGAGAGUAAAGACCCGAGAUCCAGAACACCCACGAAGGGCUUAUCCAGUGACUCGGAUAAAGGAUCAUGCGAUCGACAGUUUGGCGUUUUCAUGUCCGAAAAACAAGCCCGUGUCGUGUCUCUCCCGUCGCAAACGUGUCUCUACAAGCAACAAAUUUGUGAAGCUUCUUUCGUCAUCAAGGCAGAAAUCACGACGGUGAAAGAUUCCUCAUGUUUGGUUUGUUACGCGUCGGAUGGGCGGCUCAAAAUUUACUCUUUGCCAUCUCUACGACCAUUGUUGGACACUGAAUUCGUUCCUUUGAGUGAUCUCAGCAGUUUUCAAACCAGGAAAUCGGGCAUAGUCGACCCCAUGCUCGCCAUUUGGGGUCAACAAGUUAUUGUCAAUGAGGACACGAAUUCAAUCGCCAAAACCUUUUGUCUCAGUUCCUACGGACAUGGAAUGUACCUCAGCUCGCCGAGUGAGAUUCAAAAGUUUACGAUCGCAACGGAAUUUAUUUCCAAUUUGGACGAAUUGCUUGGCCUACUUUGGAAAGAGAUUGAAAUGCCGGAGAAACCGAAAGAAAGUUUCUUUGGAAGUCUAUUCGGCGUUGGAGUACGAAAUGUGGACCGCGAAGAACUCUUUGGCGAGGCGGCCGGGAAGACAUCGCGCUCCGUGGCGAAACUAAUCCCCGGUCCUGGCACAGGCCUUACUCCAAAUCAAGAACAUUUACAAAUGAGAGCAGGGACGAUUGCGGGCGAUAUUUCAAAAACUAGGAUGCUAAUGGUCGAAAGAGGACAAAAAUUAGGAGAUUUAGGAGAUAAAACUGAAAAAAUGAUGAAUGAAUCUGAGAACUUCUCCAGCGCAGCCCAUCAACUAAUGCUCAAGUACAAGGAUAAGAAAUGGUAUCAACUAUGAGCGACUAAUUUUCUGCACCAGGAAUUUUACACAUCUCACUUACUACAUAAAAGUUAUUACGAAACGGUGCUACAUACUUCAGCUACAAUAGAGAGAGGACUUGGUCAGUAAGGAUUUUUUAAAAAAGAGUCGACUCUCAUCAUCAGUGGCUGGAUCACGUAAAAUCUUACAUCUGGGAUUAAUGCAAAAUAAUUACAAUUCAGGAAAAUGUUGAAUUACUAAAAUUAUUGUAUAGACACCUUGACGGUGGUGGUGCUAAAAAUGCAUACGCAAAACGCAAGCAGUACUGUACUUACAAUUUUUUGACACAAAAUACCUCUGCCGGAAUAUUACUUGAAAAUUUUGAGUGCAAAAUAAGUCACGAGGCACAUAAAUACUUGUAUACUUGUACUUUUUAGAGGGCGGAAUAUGAUGUCCGCGUUUAAUAGCCUUUUUGAUAUUCGGAAAAUGUUCUAAAAAAUGUUCGUAGUUUGUCUCUCUCUAGUCUAAAAAAUACCAAAUUUUUGGGGUGCUACUAAUUAGCUAAAGGCGACCAUACAUAUUACGUAGCAAAGAAAACAUAGUGAAGAAAUUUGUAGUCGCAGACCAUCAGGAAAUCAAGUUGACUUAGAUUUUAUCAAGACUUUAAGAAAAAUGAGUAGCACUAAUUUAGCAAAUCAAAAAUUAGCGUGCUAUAGAAAGGAAACUUAUUGAGAGACAAUUCGCACAAUUUUAAUGAGAAAAAUUUAAAACUGCGAGUUAACGUCAUUUCAAUAGUUUUAACACAAUUUAAAAAAUUUGCGCUUUAUUAAAAGAAAUUUAGUUACCUUUUUUGUCUCUUAAAUAAAUUAUAGAAUAAUUAUUGAGCACACUUUGAAAAAGGCAAAACGUGACAAAUAACAAGACAAAAUAAUUAAGAAUUUAUUAAACAAAAACUCUUCUGUAGUUUCAUGUUUAGUGGUGAAAAAAUGCAAAUUAUCAAAAAAAAUAUUCUUCAUAAUAAUUUCAAAAUGACCAUAAAAUUUAAACACAUUUUUUACUGUUCGAAAAAAAUAUUGAUUAGUGCUUCCAAAAAACAAACCCUUGCUAAUUUCGUCAAAAUAGAAAAGCAGUUCAACUGCAAAAACUUGAAAACAUUUUGUGAUUUAUUAUAUUAUGAAAAAAUACAUUCCAGCUUUUUAACUAAUUACAAUUAAUUAUCAAUUCUGGUGCGUAUACUCGUGAUCAUUUAAUGAUAAUCAUAUGACAAAUAUUGAUAAGAAAUGGGAUACACGCACUUGUAAUACUCUCUCUGCGUAAAUCUGCACACACAAAUAAGCUAAAAAAAUUAAGAAGGAAAAAGUCAAGAAAUUAAUGGUUAACGGGACAUGAAUUAAAUUUAAAAAAUCUACUAUUAUACGAUUACAAUUAUUAUUUAAUGUGUCUCUGUCUUAAAAAAUGGUUAAAAACUGAAUUUUAUUUACAAAAUCGUUAUUAUAGAAAUGAUGAUAAAUACCUUUUAAUGUACUCAAAAAUAUUUGACUAUAAUGUUAUUUAACAUUAUAGGUUUAAUUAAUUGCUACAUAGUGAAAAAUAUAUAUGAUGGGAAAACAAUAGCAGGAAUACAAUAAAUUAAAUAAAGACAUUCACUCGGUGUGGAAUUUGAAAUUAAAUAA